AUGGCUGACAAGAAACUUGAGGAAGGAAUGAACAGUGGUCAUAUUAAUUUGAAGGUGAAGGGGCAGCACAGUUCUGUGGUGCAGUUGAAGAUUAAGAGGCAGACAGCACUUAGUAAACUCAUGAAAGCCUAUUGGGAACGACAGUUGGAAAUGGAGGAUGAAGAUACAAUUGGUGUGUUCCAGCAGCAGACAGGAGGUGUCUACUGA